AUGAGGAGCGUUCGGAUGUCGACGCGAGUGAGCGUGCCCUUUUGCCGCCUCAGCUUCUACCGGUGUCUGCACUGCCCGGCAUAUCGACUCGUCUUGGCCUCCUGGCCCUUGGGCUCGGUCAGUCUUUGGCUCGCCUUCUCGCGCUCGCACAUUCAUUCGCUUGAUACGCCCACAUCCCACUUGAAACAGUCUUUGCUGCCCACUCGAGACAGGCAAACAGAUAGACAAGCCGAAGGACCACUCAUGAGGCGACAAAGUCUGUCUGGCUGGUGUGUCGGCGGAUUGGGGCACGACUUUCCUGUUCGGCUGGCCGGCUGGUCCGACCGUUGCAUCGACCGGUUUGCCCGAGAAUCUGCCUCCCUUUCUGCCCACCGCCCUCAGCCCGCCGUCUGCGGCGCGUCGCCCGAAGCUGACUGUCUUUUUAAACCUGCCCCGAUCAAUAAUCUCCACUUGCCCUGA